GUUCCUCGCAACAUUUGCACGCAGCGUUGGUCGAUCAUGUCCAACGGAGCCACAGAGAAGGUGCAGGCUUUGCACAAGAAGCCGCGUCGCUCUAGUCGCGGUACAGAGGACGACUUCAAAGUGGCAAAGCGAGCAAAGACUCAGGACGAAAUGCCGUCUACCUCCCGCAAAGAUAAAAAGGAAACGGCGGCAAAAUCGCAAUUGACAACAAAGUCUGUUCUGAACCUCGAGGAACGUACCUUUCCACGAGGCGGUGCCAGCGUCCUCACGCCAAUCGAGCGUAAACAGAUCCAAAUUCAGGCUGACCGCGAUGCGCUCUUCGAAGAAGCGGGCAAAAAGCGACCGCCGCCACAAGACAUUAGCGACGACGACGACCAGGGAGAUACUAUUGCAGAGAAGGCCAAGAAGAAGCAAAAAGAGAUAAACCCGUCAAAGAGGAGGAAAACGAGACAACUUGACCACCCCAACAAGACUGAAGAGAAGGCUGAUCGCAUCGAGGGCCUGAGUUUCAAGAAACUCGUGCCCGGCUCGCUAAUCCUCGGCCAAGUGGCGGAUAUCACGUCGAGAGAUGUGGCGAUCUCCUUACCAAACGGGUUGACAGGGUACGUGCCGUUGAUGUCCAUUUCAAGGCAGCUCAGCGAACGGGUAGAGAAGCUUCUUGAAGACGCCGACGAGAAUUCUGAGUCCUCAAAUUCUUCAGAAUUUGAAGACAUUGACAUCAAGAAACUCUUCAGGAUUGGCCAAUACGUUCGCGCUGCGGUUGUCUCCUGCGGUGAAACGAAAAGCGGCAAGCAUAAGAAGCACAUUGAGUUGUCUCUCGAUCCAAGACUUGUCAAUGUAGGGCUCACUAAAGAUGAUAUCGUCGUCGACAGCACAAUUCAGGCUAGCGUCAUCAGUAUUGAAGACAACGGUCUCGUAAUGGAUCUAGGCAUCGACGAUGUUGACGCAAAGGGGUUUAUCGGCGCCGAUGAUGUUGACGUGGACGUCAAGCAUACAGACAUCCCAGAAGGUGCUGUGCUCCUUUGCCUUGUAACCGGACAUGGUGGAAAUGGGAGGGUGGUUAAGCUUUCUAGCAGUACAGCGACGAUUGGGAACGUUAAAAAGGGCAAGCACACUCUCACAAAUAGUCCAAGCGUAAACGCCUACAUCCCUGGCACUGCAGCUAGCGUCAUCGUCUCUGAAGUCACAGAAAACGGCAUCAGAGGCACGAUCAUGGGCAUGGUUGAUGUUACGGCUGACCUGGUUCACGCCGGUGGCGCUGAGGGAAAUAUAAACUUGGAAGAAAAGUUCAAGUCUGGGUCCAGACUCCAAGCCAGAGUUUUGUUUACGUAUCCCAAGAAUGAGUCUCAAAGACUUGGGAUCUCAGUCUUGGAGCAUAUUGUAUCCCUGUCACCCAAAAGCAGCGCUGACCAGCAUCGCACAUCUCCGCUCGAAAGGCUACCGCUUUCCAGUACAGUUGAGGAGGCCAAGAUAGUGAAGGUGGCUCCACGAAUGGGCGUGUACCUCGAUCUGGGGGUUCCUGGCGUCUAUGCCUUCGCUCACAUUUCGAAUUUGAGCGACAAGAAAGUCGAUAGCUUGUCAGCCGACAGCGGACCCUACAAACUUGGCACAAGUCACAGGGCCCGGGUUAUCGGAUACAGCGCGAUUGAUGGGCUUUUCGCAGUGUCUCUUCAGGAAUCCACAUUGAGCCAGCCGUUUCUGCGGGUAGAGGACGUACAUCCUGGUCAGCUCGUUGAUGGAACCAUCGAAAGUCUGCCAAUCAAAAGCAAUGGUGUCAGUGGUAUUCUACUCCAACUCGCUGAUGGAAUCCGAGGUUUUGUUCCGGUAGAGCACAUUUCCGACACGGUUCUCAAGCAUCCGGAGCGUAAAUACAGACCGGGUAUGCGAGUUAAGGCGCGCGUUCUCAGAGUAAAUCGAGAGAAGCAAACCAUUUAUCUAACCAUGAAGAAAACUCUUGUGGGAUCGGAGAUCGAGCCAUGGACAAAUUACGACAGUUUAAACGUUGGCGAUCUGGCCCCUGGCUUUAUAACUCGACUGAGUCCAUCGGGUGCGUGGGUUCAAUUCUAUGGCGACGUGCGAGCUUUCCUUCCAGUUGGAGAAAUGAGCGAAGCUUACAUAAAAGACCCUGCUGAACAUUUCCGCCUUGCUCAAGUGGUUAACGUGCACAUCGUUUCCAUUGAUCGAGAGGGAAGACGCAUGAUUGUCUCGUGUAAGGACCCAGCCAGCUUCAGCAAAGAGCGUGAGGAGGCAUUCGCUGCCCUGGAGGUGGGUCAGCUUGUGGAUGGCACUGUUAUCGAACUAGCCAAAGAUUUAAUCACACUUGAACUCGCCAGUGGAAUUCAAGGACAUCUACGUGUUCAGCAACUCACAGAUGGUGGAGAGAAAAAAAAUGCAGCAGCAUUAGCCAAGAUGCGCGCUGGCAUGCGUCUACAGAAUUUGACCAUUCUACAAAAGCUUGGAGGCUCGCGGGCAGUUGUUCUGAGUAGCAAGCCCAGCAUCAUGGAAGCCGCACGUAAUGGGAGGCUUCUAACUAGGUUUGAAGAUUUGCAAAGGAAGAAAAAGGUGGAUGGCUUUGUUAGGGGUAUUACAGCAACAGGCGUAUUUGUUGAAUUUGGCAACAGGAUCGUAGGAUUGAUUCCUGAAACUGGAAUGCCAGAUGGGAUGAAACAACUGCGAAUGCAGAACUACGGAUUGACCGUGGGCCAAUCAAUUUCCGCCAUGGUGUGGAAUAUUUACGCGGAUGAGAAUCGCUUCACUUUAACGCUGCGUGAAGAGGUCAUUCCUGACAAGGUAAACGAUAGCAAGAAACCAUUGCGGGCACCGCAAGCGCCUCGAGAACUAGGAAAUCCAGUGGACCCUAAAUUGGCCACAGUCGAUGACCUCAAGAUUGGCACACAGACAUUCGCAAGAGUCAAUGCUGUUAAAGAACUUCAGCUCAACAUCAGUCUUGCCGACAACGUUCAUGGUCGGAUCCACGCCACCGAAGUUUUCAAAGCUUACGAGGACAUUGAGAACCCCAAAGCGCCACUUCAGAGCAUUAAGCAUAAUGCCACUCUUCCGGUUACCGUAAUUGGCCUACAUAACGCGAGAACGUACAAGUUCUUGCCUUUUAGCCAUCGCCAGAGUGUGCAUCCAGUCUAUGAGUGCUCUCACAGACAAUCCGACACGUCGGAGCCGGAGACGCUGUCUUUACUCAAGCUGAAAGAAGGCGAAGAGCGGCUGGCUUUCGUUUGCAAGUAUACUGGCAGUCAUGCAUUGGCUAGUGUUUCACCAGACAUUCACGGCAUCAUUGACGUUGUUGACCUUGCUUCGAUAGAAACAGACUAUCAAAAUGCGUUCCCAAUCGGCUCAGCGCUUCAGGUCAAGGUGCGCCGGAUUGAUGUUGAAAAAGGAAAGCUCCAACUGGCCCCUACAGCAGCUCCAGAGCUAUCCAAGAGAACAUUUGAAGAAGGUGGAAUCUAUGUGGGCCGUGUUACGCGGACUCAUGCCGAUGGUCUGGACGUGCAGCUUUCUCGGCAUUGUUGGGGUCUGGUUCCACUAACAGAGCUUGCGGAUGACUACGAUCAGGCGGACCCAGAUAGGUGGUCCGUUAAAGAGGCGAUUAAAGUCAAGGUUUUAGCGAAACAAGAUAGCGAAGGCAAAUUUGUGCUUUCUGCACGACCAUCACUCGCUGGAGUACACACCGGCGCAGCAGAACCCAAAGACCGACACAUCCGUGGGAAUAAUGAUCUAGCUACUUGCGAAGUAAUUCGUGGGUUCGUCAAAAAAAUUUCUUCUCAAGGAAUGCUCGUUCGCCUAGGGUGGAACACUAUUGCGCAAGUGCCUAUUCAUGAGCUUUCUGAUGAGUUCAUAAAGAACUACGCAGUCGCUUUUCAGCUGCGACAGCUCGUCACAGGCAAGAUCACAAAGGUAGACGCAGAUGGGGGACAUCAUAAGAUGAGUCUACGCAAGAGCGUCUUGAAUGACCCCAACUACCAACCAGAGCUCGGGUUCGCUGAUAUCAAUAUCGGAGAUAUAGUUGAUGCGGUCGUGGUCAAGGUGGAGAAUUAUGGCGUCUUCAUCCGCGUCGUACGCUCGAAAAAUAUCCGCGGACUAUGCCAUGUCAAGGAGCUGGCGAAUACGCGAAUAGAGGACCCUUCGAAGCUGUACAGCGAGGGUGAUCUUGUCAAAGCUAAGAUCAUCAAACUUGACAAAGCGAAACGACAUGUCAACUUUAGCCUGAAAGCUGUGCAUUUCCAAGAAUUGCCCGAAGCGAGAGUGGAUUCAGAGGAAGAACGUGCUGUGCAUGAGAUGGAUGAUGCAAAGACAGGAACAUAUCCUGAACCUGUUCAAGCUGAGGACGAGGAAAGCGAGGUUGAGGAGGUUAACAAGACGCUUGAUCACGCUCCAGCACGCAAACAAAGUCUUGCCAGUGGCCUGAAGACUGGUGCUUUCAACUGGGAGGGUGUCGCUGGUGAAUCUAGGCAAGAUGAUGCUGAGCCAGAAGCCGACGAAUAUCGACACACCAAAAAGCGAAGAAAGGCAGAGAUCCAGAUUGACAAGACCGGCGAUCUUGAUUCGCAUGGGCCCCAGUCAGUGAGCGAUUUCGAACGUCUGCUCCUUGGCCAGCCAAACUCCUCCGCUCUUUGGAUUCAGUAUAUGGCUUUCCAACUUGGCCUCUCCGAGGUUGAAAAGGCAAGGGAGGUCGCAGAACGCGCAUUGAAAACCAUACACAUGCGUGAAGAAGAAGAAAAGUUGAACAUUUGGAUAGCGAUGUUGAAUCUAGAGAACACGUACGGUUCUGAGGAGAGCUUGGAAAGCGUCUUUGAGAGAGCAUGCCAGAUGAGCGACAAGAAGGAAGUCAACUUCCGACUUGCCAGUAUCUACAUCGACUCCGGCAAACACAAGGAAGCCGAAGCUUUGUUCAGCCGAAUGCGCAAAAGCCGCGACAUAUCAUGCGAUCCGAACUAUUGGCUCAACUAUGCCACGCUCCUCAUGACGACAAUGAACCGCGCUGACGAAGCACGCGCGCUUCUUCAACGAGCGACUCAGGCUCUUCCAGCGCAUCAACACGCUCACUUAAUAUCGCGUUUUGGUGCUCUUGAGUACCAAUCCGUAAAUGGCGACGUUGAGCGGGGGCGUACUAUCUUCGAAGGUUUGAUCGACGCCCAUAAGACUGGGCAUGAUCUCUGGGAUCAAUAUCUAGCACAGGAAAUAUCCUUGCUCCAAGCUGGAAAAGGCGACGUCGACAGCGUGAGGCGGCUGUUCGAACGGAUGACCAAGUUAAAGAUGAGACCUAAGCGAGCAAGAUAUGUGUUCAAGAGAUGGAUGAGUUGGGAGAAAGGACUUGUAGACAGUGGUAAAGGGAGUGAUAAAAUGGUGGCGAAAGUAAAGGAGUUGGCAGAGCAAUGGGUGGCAAAUGAAGGGCAAGGAAAGCAGCCUGACGCCUGACGGCCGAGUGACCGGACAGCUCCAGAUACCAAGGCUUCGACACGUAGAAGCACGUAGAACUUGAGAUAUGCAAAGCUCCUUAAGCAUCUUUACAGAUUGGGCAUGCAAGGCUAUAAGAUUAAUAAAAACCAAGGAUUCCGCGAUGGCCACGUCAAAAGCCGUGUUGAUGGUGGACAGAAAAGUGAGCAAAAGGACACACGUCCCAGGCGAGGAUUAUGCCGUCACGGGAGGACCUCCGCUCCUUCCCUCGACAAUCAAGUCCGUGUGAAGGCCGGGAAGGAGCAGAAGGCCCGUGUUCUUGGGUGAGGCAGGCACGACCUCGCAGCCCUAGAGAACUGCGAACGGUGAACGGGGACGCGUGGGGCAACGCGCUGCCAGGCGCGGACACGACGAUGUGAACGAUGCUCAGGGGAGAGACCGCAAGACAAACGGGCGAUAGAAGCGCUGGUGAUGGUCAUGCCACGCGUGCGGGCUUCUGUGCCAUCCUCUCGUGGACCAAGCGGAGGAAUCGGCUGAGAGCUCGGAAGGAAUGGUUGACGGCGCACGGUUGCUGGAUGAUGGACGUUCGACUCUGCGUCUUUCGCGCACGGAAACGCAGAGACCAUUCGAUACAUCGACCUGGGUUCAGGAGAAGGGAAGCUCAUCCUAUUUAGGAUCACGUGCAGUCCAAGAGCUGUCUACUUGAUCAAAAUCUUAGUUCCUCACUAAUGUACUUUCAACCCGCCGAGCACAUAGCACUGCGCCGUUCCUAGACCACUGUUGGGCGAGACUUCGGAAUUUGCAAUACAGGAGGAAUGUAUGAGAAUGAGCGAGGCGAAGCAAUGGACUAUCAAGAUGCCAGCGGAACAGGUUUGAAGAAUCUGUCUGUAAGACACUGCCCAACACCGGAGUCCCAUGGGUGGACAGUCUAGCCAAUAGAUAGAAUGCAAAUACCACACAUGCAGCCU